GGAUGGGGGGACUGGCAGGUUACAAGAGCCAGAGGGUCAAUACUGUCUGGUAGCCCAAGGUAACGCGCCUAUUCUUGAUAGUCCUCAUUUCUGGUCCUUUACAAAGUGUGUCUUCAAGUUGAGUUGAAUCCCUGGCACCCCAACGUUGUCUCCUCGCGUAGCCUUACGGGUGCAGAGGAGCGAGACAGGAACGCGAUGGAGAAAUCCUCCAUCCAGAAGGACACUCCUUGGCCAGGAGAUGACCACGACGUUCACGACCAUGUGACCCAGAGAAGCCAAGAGUUCCUAUGCCUCUUGAACGCCAGGACGUCCAGAGAGCUAAUGCCACAGACGGUGGUGCUCCACGGUGCCGCGGGCGUCGGGAAGACCACGCUGGCCAAGAAGUGCAUGCUGGACUGGACGCAGGCCGGCCAGGCCCGCGCCCGCCCCGCCGCCCUCUACCUCAGCUGCAAGGCGCUCAGCCGCAGGGGGCCGUGCACCCUGGCGGAGCUGCUGGCGGACAGCGCCCCGGGCCCGCGCCGGGCCCUUCCGCGGCUGCUCGCGCGGGCGCGGACGCUCCUGCUGGUCAUCGACGCCUUCGAGGAGCUGCGCGUGCCCGCCGCGGCGCUGGCGCGCGACCUGGGCGGCGACUGGGGCGCGCGGCGGCCGGCGCCCGUGGUCCUGGGGGGCCUGCUCAAGAGGAAGCUGCUCCCCGCGGCCACGCUCCUGGUGACCACGCGGUCCGAGGCCCUGGGGGAGCUGCGGCUGGUGGUGGAGCAGCCGCUCCUGGUGGAGGUCGAGGGGCUCUCGGAGCCGGAGCGCAGGGCGUAUCUGCGGCGACAGCUGGGAGGCGAGGCUCAGGCGCGGCGCGCUUGGCAGCUGAUGAGAAGCAACGCGGCGCUGCUCCGCCUGGGCUCGGCGCCCUCCGUGUGCUGGAUGCUGGGCGCCUGCCUGCGGCUGCCCGCGGACGAGGGCGACGACCCGGGCCGCACCUGCCGCACCGCCACGUCGCUGCUGCUGCGCUUCCUGUGCAGCCGGUUCGCGCCCGCGCCGGGCAGCUGCCCGCGCCCGCGCCCCCGGGCCCCGCUGCGCGCCCUGUGCCUCCUGGCGGCCGAGGGCGUGUGGGCGCAGACCUCGCUGUUUGAGCCCCGGGACCUGCGCCGACUGGGCGUGCGCGAGGCCGACCUGCGCCCCUUCGUGGACCGGAGCCUCCUGCAGGAGAGCGGCGAGUGCGCGGGCUGCUACCGCUUCCUGCACCUGAGCCUGCAGCACCUCCUGGCGGCCGCGCUCUACGUCCUGGGCGGCGGCGAGGGCGGCCCCGGCUGGGGCGCCCGCGGGGUGCGGAGGCUGCUCUCCAAGGAGGAAGGGCGCCGGAACCCCCACCUGGCCCACGUGGGGCGCUUCUUGUUCGGCCUCGCCAACGAAGACAGGGUCAGGGAGCUGGGGGCCGCCUUCGGCUGCCCGGUGUCCACGGAGCUCAAGCACGAGCUGCUGGCGUGCACCGUGAGGUCCCCCGAGAGCGGCCCCUUCUCCUCGGUGACGGACACGAGGGAGACCUUGUGCCGUCUCUACGAAUCGCAGGACGAACCGCUGGUGAAGGAAGCCGUGGCCCAGGUCACGGAAGUGUCCCUGCACUUGAAAGACCCCACGGACCUCGCGCACGCGUCCUUCUGCCUCAAGCAUUGCGAACGGCUGCAGAAACUGCGUCUGCGGGUGGAAAAGGGCGUGUUCCUGGACGACGACACCGCGUCGGGGUCCGAGGCCCAGGCUGCCGGGUAA